AUGGGUCAGAAUGAAAAUGGCCUUGACAAUGUUCUCCCGAAUAACGGUAAUGGUCCUGUUAUUUUUGGAAAUGGUCUUUCCUCACCGGUUACUCACACCGGCACAGCCCGUAUAAAUGACCAUAUUACUUUAUCAAAUGUCCUUGUCGUUCCGAAUCUCACAAGAAACUUGCUUUCUGACCGAAAAACUAAGACGGUCAUUGCCCAAGGAACCUGUGAAAACGGUCUCUACGUUCUUUCUCAGAGUCAUAAAGCCUUGGUUGCUGCUUUGCAAGUUCCUCAUCUUCGAGCCUCCGUGGACAAAUGGCAUAGUCGUUUAGGCCACGUUGCUUUUGAUGUUAUUUCUAAAUUAAAUAAACUUGGAGUCUACCAUCCUUUACUUCUUGUGUACGUGGACGACAUCAUCCUAACCGGCAACAACGAAACGAUCAUUUCUCGUUUCACCUUCCGUCUUCACAAGGAGUUUGCAAUAAAAGACUCGAGCUCUCUUAACUAUUUCCUUGGUCUCGAGGUCAUUCAUUCGUCAUCCGGCCUCUUUCUUACACAGUCCAAAUAUGCUCGGGAUAUUCUAUCGCGUGCCGGUCUAUUAGAGGCAAAACCGGUGGCUACUCCCCUUUCCACCUCGGAUGUAUUCUCUUCCGAUGGUAUUCCGUUUCAUGACCCCACCUACUAUCGCUCAUUAGUCGGAGCUCUUCAAUACCUAACCAUCACUCGACCUGAUCUCUCCUAUGCGGUUAACCAAGCCAGUCAAUAUCUUCAGAAUCCUACCACCUCUCAUUUUCAGUUGGUCAAGCGAAUUUUACGGUACGUUAAAGGUACUCUAUCUUAUGGUCUUACCUUUGACAGACCACCUUCACCAACUUUAGUCGGCUAUUCUGAUGCCGAUUGGGCAAGGUGCAUUGAAACGCGACGUUCGACAUACGGUUACUCCAUCUAUCUCGGUGGUAAUCUAGUUUCCUGGAGCGCAAAGAAGCAGCCUACCGUUGCUCGGUCAAACUGUGAAUCCGAAUAUCGUGCAAUGGCGAACACUACAACAAAAAUUAUAUGGCUAACUCACCUUCUUCGUGAACUUCAUGCCCUUCCUUCUACACGUCCAACAAUUCUAUGCGACAACAGGAGUGCACUUUUUCUCAGUCAAAACCCGGUCUCACACAAGCGAGCCAAGCACAUUGAUAUAGACUACCAUUUUGUUCGAGAGCUUGUUUCAUCCGGUCGUCUACACACUAAGUUUGUACCAACCAAUCUUCAAGUGGCGGAUAUCUUCACUAAAAGUUUACCAAGACCUUUGUUCGAGAAGUUUCGCUUAUUGCUUCGUGUGGGACCACCACCUUUUUGA